CAUUUGGGGGGUAUCUGUUCUGUGCUGACAUUUGGGGGGGGUAUCUGUCCUGUCCUGGCAUUUGGGGGAUAUCUGUCCUGUGCUGACAUUUGGGGGGAUAGCUGUACUGUUCUGAUAUUUGGGGGAUAUCUGUCCUGUCCUGACAUUUGGGGGAUAUCUGUACUGUCCUGACAUUUGGGGGGAUAUCUGUCCUGUCCUGACAUUUGGGGGGAUAUCUGUACCGUUCUGACAUUUGGGGGGAUUUCUGUACCGCCCUGACAUUUGGAGGAUAUCUGUUCUGUCCUGACAUUUUUGGGCCUUCAGAA